AUGUCGGCCACCGAAGCUUCGCCCUCUCCGGUCGGGAUAAGGGACGAUCAACCCACCCACCAAGAGCCCGAGAGCUCGAGCACCUUGACCUCCCUCCCCGAAGCCCAGAAUGAUAGCUCGAAAGAUUUGGAACAAACCGACGUGAGCAUGGAAUCUGCCGAGGUGUCGCAAACCCCUAGUGCGCCCAGCGAUCGCGCAGCCGACUCAAAACCAGCCGAACAACCCCCACCAUCAACUCCGUCCGAUUCCGACCCGUUUGCGGGACAAAUGGAUAAGCUGUCCGUGUCAGCAACCGACGCGCCAGAAAUACUACCUUCAUCCCUGGCGAAUACUCCUCCCCCGCCUCCUCCGCCUGAGAAAGAUGAUGCCUACAUGAACCCGAAUUCUACAACCUCAUCGGGCCCCACGUUACAAACAAGCGAGCCAACUUCGGGCCCAAGCUCCGAAAAGGAGCUUCCAGACGUGCCUGGCGAUAGUGAUCCGGAAUCAAGACAAGGCGGUCGAACUGGGCGGGCACGGGACGACAAUGACUCCCAGCCAGAGAUCCAGACCAUCUUGGGCCAAUUCCAGGACCUUGAUCGGACCACUGACCAGCAAGAAAUCAUGUCGCCUCGGAUGGAGCUUGCUGAGCAGUUCCGCGGUGGUCAGAACUACUUUCCGCCUCGCAAGUCCAGUCUCGAUCAUAUCCAGCCUCCUCUGUCUGGGUCACCGGGGUCUCACCCGCCAGGUAGCCAGUCCUCUCCGGUCUCCCAAUACAUUCAUAAGUCCAUGGGCCCCGAUGAGGCCACGUUGACACGGCGGUCAUCGGCUUCAACAGUACCGCCACUGCCAGAGCCCGAGCCUGACCAGCCGUUCGACUUCCAUAGGUUCUUAGAACAAUUGCGUCACCGGACCGCUGACCCCGUGGCCAAAUUCCUGCGCUCAUUCCUAAUGGAGUUUGGAAAAAAGCAGUGGAUGGUUCACGAGCAAGUCAAGAUCAUCAGUGAUUUUCUGGCAUUUAUCACCAAUAAGAUGGCUAUGUGUGAGGUCUGGCGGGAUGUUUCCGACAGCGAAUUCGAUAACGCCAAGGAAGGCAUGGAGAAGCUCGUCAUGAACCGUCUGUACACGCAGACCUUUGCUCCAGCAAUCCCAGCGCCUCCAAGCAUCCCCCGAAGUGCGAGCCGCAGUCGACGAAGAGAGAUCGAGAGGCUUCAUGGGCCGUGGCGGCGAGGCCAGCACCAGGAGGACAUCGAGCGGGAUGACAUCUUGGCGCAGAAGAUCCGCAUCUACAGCUGGGUCAAGGAAGAGCACCUGGAUAUUCCGCCCGUGAGCGGUGGUGGACGCCGUUUCUUGAACUUGGCACAGCAAGAAAUCCUGAAGCUAAAUGGCUACCGUGCACCUCGAGAUAAAGUCAUCUGUAUUUUGAAUUGCUGCAAGGUAAUAUUUGGCCUUUUGAAGAACUCUAAAAAGGCAGACACCUCUGCCGAUUCUUUCAUUCCGCUCUUGAUUUACGUGGUUCUGCAUGCGAACCCCGAUCAUCUCGUUUCUAAUAUUCAAUACAUCCUGCGCUUCCGCAACCAAGAUAAGCUUGGUGGCGAGGCGGGCUACUAUCUUUCUUCACUGUCCGGCGCCAUUCAAUUCAUCGAGACAUUAGAUUGCACUAGUCUCACAGUUAGUGAUGAAGAUUUUGAGCGCAACGUCGAACAAGCCGUCUCCGCCAUCGCCGAACAGAACCGCGAGUCUGAAACUGUAGCAGACAAAUCCCCACCACCACCAACAAACCCAGGCCCAUCUCAGUCCCAAGUUGGAUCAUCCCGUAGAGACCUAUCUCUGUCUAGCGACGAUGACACCUCUGCCCCGGUCGCAGGCCUCUUGCGCACCAUCCAAAAGCCCCUCAACACUAUCGGUCGGAUCUUCUCGGACGACGGAGAGAACACACUGAAGGCCGCCAAUCAAGCGACGAACGCACCAGACCAUCGCGAGAUGGCAGCGGCGCGCCAGAAGAACCUAACCCGUGUUCUGGAUGCCCAGGACGCAGCAGCGCGUCAAGCUAGCGCCGAAGACGCCGAAGCACGACGCAUCCAGCGCGCGGAGCAUAACAAUGUCGUCGAGACCCUGUCGAACAUGUUCCCCAAUCUAGAUCGCGACGUCAUUGACGACGUGGUCAAGAUUAAGGAGGGAAGAGUUGGUCUUGCAGUCGACGCCUGUCUCGCUCUCAGCGCGGAAUAG